AUGUUCACCUUUCCUCUCUUCAAUUCUUUCCCCGCCGAAAUCCACGCGCUUAUCCUCGAGAAAUGUCCUCCGAAUGAUCGUAUCUGUCUUCGUCUUACAUGUAAAUAUCUCUACACGCUCUCUCCCCAAAAAUCUCCCAUCUACCUAGCCUAUGCCCCACCCCCUGAAAUCCUCUGUUGUAAACCCGAGGUCUUACGUCUUUUUCCCUCUCCCUCUCCCACAAUCCAACACUCAUUCCCUAUCCGAAAAUGCGGAUAUGGGGUACAAACAUGGUUCGUUCCUUCUUCCUACCCCAACCUCAUUAUCUCCCCUUCAUUUCAUUCCCAACCCAAACCCAAACCAAACCCAAACUAA